AUGAAUCUGACCGACAUCGCACGCAUGUCCGAGCGUGAAGCCAUUGAGUUUCUGGUGGUGGAAGGUGUUCUGCAAAAUCCUCAUUGUCGCGAUCACAGCCACGCCAAGAUGCGGCUGAUAAAGAAACAAAAGGAUCGGUACCGUUGGGAAUGUGCGCCGUGCAUCUAUUCGAAGCGCGGUGGUGGCAUGCACGCGGUGAGGGAUGCGAAUUGGCUCCAAGACUCGCGCCUCCCCAUCAAAUCCGUGCUGCUCUUGGUCUAUCUCUGGAGUACCGGUCUCUCGUCCGUGCAACAAUUGUCCAAGGAGAUGGGCGACGUUGCCGCCACCACCGUGAUAGAUUGGUGCCGCUAUUUGCGAGAUGUUUGCGGCUGGGCUACCAGUGAACGUUUGAAGGAAAGCCGCAUCGGCGGCCCCGGAACCAUUUGUGAACUAGACGAAACCGUGAUGUCGCGCAGGAAAUAUCAUCGGGGUCGUAUCGUAAAAGCUCGUUGGCUUUUUGGAGGCAUCUGCCGCGAAACGAAGGAGAUGUUUGCUGUACUUGUCCCAGAUCGUCGCGCCGAGACCCUGAUGAGCAGCAUCACCGCCCACAUUGCGCCUGGCACCACGAUCAUUACGGACGGUUUUGCCUCUUACAAGGGUCUGGCCGACCACCCUGACUAUAACUGGCAAUGGGUGAACCACAAAGAGAAUUUCGUGAAACCUGGCCAUCCCCAAGUGCACACGCAGACAGUUGAGCGCAUGUGGCGUCCCUUGAAGGACGCUGUGCGAUCUCGUCACGGCACGGAUGAGGGACAGGUGGAAUCUUAUGUGGCGGAAGGGAUCUGGCGACAACUACACGGCAACGAUGAUGCAUUUAAAGCCAUUCUCGCGGAUAUUGCUUUUUUUUGGCCGCCCGGAACCGAUAUUGAUAGUGUUCCAUUCUAUGCCGAAGAA